AAAAUCUCCAAACCAUGUACCAUUUGAAAAAACUUUUGAAAAAACUAGGGCUUUAGAUUGCCUUCUGCUAGGUGCCACUCCGUCAUCGAUGCCCAGCAGUUUCAAGCUUCUCAUGAUCCUCUCCACCCCAUUCUCCCUCCGUCCCUCAGCUGCUAUCCACUUCGCCCGCCACUCCCGCCUGCCACUCGAGGCCCUUUCUUUCACGGCCGCCUCUCGUGGCCGCCUUCUCUGCGCGGUGCCCUCUUCAAAGUUUGGGUUUUCGAUUAGAGCGGCAGGGCAAGUCCACACUCAGUCAGUUGCUAAAGAAGGGUGCAGCGAGGCGGUGUCUUCGUAUGCUGGCUUCAAGGAUUCGUAUUCAUGGCCUGAGUGGUCGAAGCUGGCAGACCAUCUCUUAGCUAAGGGUUACUCGCAGCGUGAAGUUACUCCCGGUGAUCAAGAUGAUUUCGCGUUGACGGGUAAUGAUUUACCUGAAGAGUUUUUGAGGCCUGCCGAGGCUUGCUUAGAUUUUGCGAGGGAACGACCUGAUAUAUUGAGGCUUCUUACCAAAAAUCAUAUAAAGGAAGUUAUAGAGAAUGGCUCUCCAUUUUUGUUCAAGAACGGUGACAAGUCAGUCAACCGCAUGAGGUUGUUCUUGAGUGGCGAUGCAAGUACCGAACUGGAACAGGAAAAGGCACAAACUAUUGAUAUCAUGCGCUAUUUGCUGAGUUAUAUGUAUAAACUCUACUCUCCUUCCAAUGGGAACAACCAGUUUAAAGAUUAUGAAGUUGUUGAAACGUCUGUGCGGAAGCUAUUGCUUGAGUUGUUUAAUUUCAGUGGAACUCUCUGGAAAUCUAAAUUGGCAGAACCAACUGAGACAGUACUUCCCUUGGGGAAUGAGCAACUGUCAAGACCUCCAGGGCAAAGUUUUGAGAUGAAAAGGGGUGAUUGGAUUUGCCAAAAGUGCACUUUUAUGAACUUCGCUAGGAACAUGUCUUGCCUUGAAUGUGGUGAGGCUCGACCUAAAAGACAGCUAGCAGGUGCAGAAUGGGAAUGCCCUCAAUGUGAUUUCUUCAACUACGGGAGGAAUAAAUCAUGUCUGCGGUGUGACCACAGACGUCCUGGAGACGGGCCGCUAAGUUCUACGCCUGCUGCUGGUUUAGAACACGCCAAAGGUUCAAACAUUGAGCAAAAUAUUUCAGUUUCUAAACAAGGUUUCCAGGUUGGAAGUUCCAUAAGAUCAGAAUCUGAUGAUAAUUCUGAUUCAAUCAGCCGUAGAUUGGAUAGAAUACUCAGCCGUUCAUCAAAUCCAUCAGGAAGUAUGUCAAAUAAUACUUCAGCAAACCAAAGGAGGAACCCUGAAAGCAUUCCUUUUGUCCCGUUGCCUCCAAAUAUGUUUAGGAAAGCUCAGGAAUCAAACAAUGGCGUGCAACAAUCAUCAGAUAAAGGAGUUGCUUCUUCCCCAAAUCCUAGCGAGUUAAUUGAUUCUCUGGUUAAGGCUUCUGAGAAUACCCUGAAGAGUGGUAUCAGCAAUGAAUCAUCAGAUGCAUCACUAAGAUGGUCCAAUACAGCUACUGGGCUUGAAAAUGCCAAAGAUCCAACAAAUGCUGUGUCUGGUGAUGACUUCCCGGAUAUCAUGCCAGUACGCAAAGGAGAAAACAGAUUCGUAGUCAGCAAGAAGAAGGAUCGGUCCUUGACUUCGCCUACUUACAAGAGGCGCUUAGCCAUGGAACAAUCUAAUAAUUACAACUCCGUACCGUUCGUCCCUUUCCCUCCAGGUUAUUUUGCUAAGAAAGACAACCAACUAGUCACUGAUUCCAGUGGAACCUCUGCAAUUUUGGAUGAAGUUGAAACAUUGAAUAGAAAAGAGCAAGAGCAGAAUUUGGGGAGCUCUGAUCAGGGAUUUGAAGGGGCGUCACCACAAUCUGGAGGUAAGAGUUAUGGGUAUAGUUCUAAAUCUGAAUAUUCUGGCAUCCCGACUGGGAGUUCAUCCCAGCCAACAGAUAUGUCAUUGUUUAGCAAUAGAGAAACCAUGAUUAGAAAGAACGCUCCUUAUGGCUCUCCAUAUUAUACAACUCAACCGGACGCCAACUUAGGGAAAUACAGUGGAUACAGUGCCAAUCUAACCCAGAAAUCUACUAACUCAUGGAAUAACAAUCCAAAUUCAUCUCAGACACCUAACUCUUCUGCAAAAGAUGAUUUUUUUUCUUCUGAAAACACUGAAAAUUCUACCAAACCAUCUGAUAACUCCUGGAAUAACAAAAAUGCCUCUUACGGUGGAUCCAGCGCAGAUUCACCACAUAAUCAUCAAACUAGUGGCAAUAUUCAAAGUGGAGUUUAUUCUGGAAAGAGUUUGGAAGGAUCCUGUGUGAAGGAGCUUGAUCCGUUGGACAUGUCGGAGGAGGCAAAGGCGGAGAGAUGGUUCCGCAGAGCAGCGCAGAUCAAGGAUAUUUCAGAGCUCGCCCAAAUUCCUGAUGAAGAUUUUCCAGAAAUCAUGCCCAUGAGGAAGGGUGUGAACAGAUUUGUUGUCAGCAAGAGGAAGACGCCUCUUGAGAGAAGACUAACGUCUCCACAAUACAGAAGAAACUUGCCAAUUGUGAGUUCUGAAGUAGAGGUGGAUGAUGACGACUGAAGAGAGCAUUCAAAGUUGCAAUAUAUGUUAGUUGCAGGAUGGAAAAUGGUAAGAGAUUUACAUGUUGGAUGUUCUGCUUGUUUUUAAAGAAGAAAUAAUUCUUGAUUUUUUUUUAUUAGAAGAAUGAAUUAAAGAGGACUGUCUUAAAGAGCAUGUGGACUGUGAAAUUUAAUUAUGUAUGCAAUGCUGUUGGGAGGAACUUGUGCAUGAAUUUACAGUCUGAAAUCUAAACUUUUAUGCCACACUUAUGAAUUAAAUGGGAAAUUUACAUACAUACUGCACUUCUUAUGAAUUCAU